AUGCAAAGUGGAAGUGGAGCCGGCUCUGAUUUGUUCAGCAGUUAUGAGCAGCAUCCACCACCUCCAGGUUCACGUCUUGCGCAAUAUCUGCAUGGAAACAACACCCAGCAAGUAUCGCGACCUUCUAGUUGGACUGACCGGACACCACCAAAUCAAGCUACCAUAGCGAGUCCUUAUGCCUUCAGGAAUCAUCCUGCUUCACAUUCCAGCAAUCUGCCGCAUUUUACAUCAUCUUUUGCGGCAAUGGGAUUGAGUGAUGAAAAAGAAAAUCCGUCUUUAUCGGCUAUGCCUUAUGGUUUUCCAACAUCAUCGCAACGAUCACUUAACUACUCUAAUGUAACACAAGCUUUGGCUACCUCUCCGAUAAUGCACGAUCCAAUGAGACCAAGCAGUCACAUAAGCCAAGAAAGUUGUGGUUCAUCUGCUGCAAACUACAUGCAAGAAAACUUUGGUGGGACAACCUAUUUCUUCACACCAACUACAACAAAUUCUACUGUUGCUGAUGGACAACCUUCUAUUCCACAAAAAGACGAUCGCAUAUACGUGACAACAAAUGGUAAUUUUGUUUAUCAUGGUCCAUUGCCACAUAUUGGCAAAUAUAAACCGCCUCGAGGACUUUCGUAUUUCACACCACCUGAGCUGAAGAUGGAACUGUUGCAACGACAACUUGCUAUACAGUGUCGCGCAGAACCAUCGCUCUAUCCUGAUAUUCCGCAAAAUAUCGAAUAUUUCCAGAAUCUUGUUCCACUUGAAAAUUUCAAAUUUGUGGGUGGGCAUAUGGAACGAGGAAUUAUCGGGUCACAUGUUACUACAGUCUAUAAAGCAAUUAAUGGACGCGAUGGAAUGCCAUACUGUUUAAGACGAAUUCAUAAUUUCCGAGUGAAUGCAGUGAAGCAACUGUCAUUAGCUGACAAUUGGAAGAAAUUAAUGCAUGUCAAUGUUGUGCAGCUGAGAGAUGUUAUACAAACUCGUCAAUUUGGCGAUCAUUCGCUGAUAUUUGCAUAUGAUUAUCAUCCGCUCUCGGAAACAUUAAAAAAUCGACAUCUGAACAAUCGACUCAAUGGUUCUUCAAAAGUGGGACCAAUUUCAAAUCUCUCUGGAGGUGGUCCGGUGGUACAAGAAUCUUUAAUGUGGUCCUAUAUUGUACAACUGUCAUCGGCUCUUAGAGCCAUACACUCCGCUGGCAUGGCUGCACGAACUGUUGACCCAUCAAAAAUCAUUGUUUUUGAUAAAACCAAAGUGAUGUUGAGCAGUUGUGGUAUUCUGGAUGUUAUCAAUCCUGGAAAUGAUCAUACCAUACAGUUUUACCAGCAAGAUGAUCUGAAUGGUCUUGGCCGUGUGCUAAUUGCAUUGGCAAUGGGUUCAUUGCAUGCUGUACGUCGUGAAAAUAUCAGUAACAGCAUAAGCAUUAUUAAUCAGCAAUGUACCACCGACUUAAAGAACAUUAUCACGCUUUUGUUACAAGCGUCAACUCAGCGUCCACAUUCUAUCAACGAAGUUAUGCCAAUGAUUGGUGCUCGUUUCUAUGCGCAGCUUGAAACGACUCAAAUGAAAAAUGACCUUCUGGAAAACGAAUUAUCGAAAGAAUUAGAAAAUGGUCGUUUAUUCCGAUUGCUGUGUAAAUUAAAUACUAUUACUGAGCGAGCAGAGUUUCAAAUGGACAUGUCGUGGAGCGAGACCGGUGACCGGUAUUUGUUAAAGCUGUUCCGAGAUUAUUUGUUUCAUCAAAUAACUGAAACUGGUAAACCGUGGAUCGAUAUGGCACACAUCGUCACCUCCUUGAAUAAGCUAGACGCUGGUGUUAACGAGAAAAUUCAAUUGGUUUCACGUGAUGGUGAAAAUGUGCUUGUGGUAUCGUACACAGAUUUACGAAGGUGUCUGGAAAAUGCUUUCAGUGAACUGCAAAAUCGACCACCAUCAAUACCAAAUCCACUAUUGCCAGUAGUUGGUCAUCCCUAA